GAAACGAAACAGCGAUGGCUGCUGUUUGCAGGCGGCUCGGGGCGUUGUCGGGCGUGCGCGGCAGGUGCCUUUCUUUCUCAGUUGGACGCCUCAGCUCUAAAGAUGGAGAACCAGUAAAAUUUAAGCCACCUUCAAAGCCAAUGAUGGUUGAUGAAUCAAAGCCUCAUGCUGCAGAUAGACAAUUCUUGAGUCCUGAAUUCAUCCCUCCACGGCAGAGAACAAAUGCUUUAAAAUUCUACCUUGAAAGAAGAGAAAUGGUACAAAGGAGAAAAGUAAUGAAUAUUCCAGAGUUCUAUGUUGGAAGUACACUUGCUGUUACUGCAGCAGAUCCCCAUGCCAAUGGAAAGAGCAGCACUUUCGUAGGACUUUGUAUUCAGCGAUCAGGAAAAGGACUCGGUGGAACUUUCAUUCUUCGAAAUGUAAUAGAAGGACAGGGUAUUGAAAUUUGCUAUGAGCUAUACAAUCCUCUAAUCCAAGCGAUCAAAGUUUUGAAACUGGAGAAGAGAUUGGAUGAUAACUUGAUGUAUUUGCGAGAUGCCCUUCCGGAGUAUAGUGUGGUUGAUGUUAACAUGAAGCCUGUGCCACUUUCAGUCAGUGAAGAAGUUCCUGUCAACAAGAUGAAAGUAAGGAUGAAGCCUAGACCUUGGUCAAAACACUGGGAACAUCCAAAAUUCAAUAUCCAGGGCAUCAACUUUGACUUGUAUCUCCAUGAAAAAGACAGAACAAGAAUGGAAAAAUGGAAAAUGCCUUGGAGAGAAUUUGAUAUGAUGAAAGAGUAUGAUACAUCAAAAAUUGAGAAGAAAAUCUGGGUCGAAGUGAAUGAAGAGCUGAACAAAACAGUAUAGAAAUUAUGGAAAACUUUAUCCAGAAAGGCCAACAACAGUUAUUUUCGGUUAUUGAUUCUUUAAUUCUGCCAUAUUAAUAAAUAAUUUUACACUGCC